UGCACUUGUGUAACACCACGGAAGUUCUUUUCUGACGACCGCUACAACUACUGUACUAAUGUUUACGAAAUAGAAGACUUUUGGUGCUGAGGAUUUUAUUAAUACAGGUCUGUAGAUGCUGUUCCCAUGGAGAUCCCUGCCUCCACAUGUGGCAGUGGGAAGAUGUGCUUCUACAAUACAAGCUAGUGUACAACGAUUUGUUCCUGCAAGUGGUUCAAUUGACUCCAGUGCUUUGGAACAACUCCAGGCCUUUGUGUCACAGGCUUCGCGGCUGUUUGUAAUAAGCGGUGCUGGACUGUCCACUGAAUCUGGAAUUCCCGACUAUAGAUCAGAGGGUGUGGGACUGUAUGCACGGACUAACAGGCGGCCUAUGCAGCACUCAGAGUUUGUGCGGAGUGCAAAAUCGAGGCAGCGAUACUGGGCACGGAACUACGUGGGGUGGCUGCAGUUCUCUUCACACCAGCCUAAUUCAGCACAUUUAGCAUUACGGGACUGGGAGGAAAAGGGAAAAUUGCACUGGCUUGUCACUCAGAAUGUAGAUGCCUUACACUUAAAGGCUGGACAACAGAGACUUACCGAACUUCAUGGAUCUACACACAGGGUUGUAUGUUUGGACUGCGGCCAACUGACUCCACGUGCCGAGCUUCAGAACCGUUUUGCAGCUCUGAACCCUGACUGGGAAGCAAGUGCAUGUGGUGUGGCUCCGGAUGGAGAUGUGUUUCUGGAGGAUGAGCAGGUGUUGAACUUCAGAGUACCUGCAUGUGAUGCCUGUGGUGGUGUACUCAAACCUGAGGUGACCUUCUUUGGUGAUGUAGUGAACCGGACGACAGUUCACUUUGUGUAUAACAAGCUGGCAGAGUCUGAUGCAGUGCUUGUGGCUGGAUCUUCUCUUCAGGUUUUCUCUGGGUACCGCUUUCUACUUGCUGCUAGUGAAAGAAAACUUCCAAUAGCGAUGGUGAAUAUAGGACCUACAAGAGCUGAUCAUCUCACCGACAUCAGGGUGAGUGCUCGUUGUGGAGAAGUGCUGCCAGCCAUUCAACUCAACUGAGAAACAGACUCUUUUCCUUGAAGCUCAGCACUCCAUCCACAGCUCAUCACAAGAUUACCAGAACAUAGUUUUGGUUUGGUUCUAGGUUGCUUGCAUAAUGCAACAGAUCUCUACCUCAAAUUACUAAAUAUUCACACAUUCUUGGUUAGUUAGCUAGAGUGUAAAGUGCAAUACAGAAUAAAGCAUCGGUACAAAUGAGUUGUUUAAAUUAUAUCUUUAAAAUGAUAAAGUGGGUUUAUAGGGACAUUUGCAUUUCCCAUUUAGAAUGUACUCUCUGAGAAGUUACCCUGCUCAUCAAGAAUCAAUGUGGGAAACAUUAAUGGUAAUGAUGAUAUUCUAAAUGAGUUAUAUGGAUACAACUUGUUUUUAUUUAAUAAUGGUAGUUUUGUUAAAGAUAUUUAUCACUAUUAUUUAUAUAUUUUCAUUAUGAAUAUAAGUGAAUGUAUCAGGGUGUUUUUAAAAUGUUAAUCAUUUGUUCUGCCUGAAAAUAAACCUCAAAUCAAACCAAAUGUAUUAUCCUUUUACACAAAACACAUUUCCAAACGAUAAUGUGAAGGUUUAUAAUAUCUUAAUAUCUUCAUGCUUAUUGUCACUUUUUGCAGAUUAAAGCUGUAAUAAUAUAGUUUUUAUUUUAUGAUGAUAUAAACAAUCAAGCAGUUGAGAUUUGGUAUAGUAGUAUACAUAGUUUACUGUGUA